AUGUCGAAAGGUCCUGCUGACUUGAGGAUCAUUCUGAUUGGGAAGACAGGGGCGGGGAAGAGUUCAGCAGGAAACACCAUCUUGGCCAGAGAGGCUUUUAAAGCUGAACUGUCCUCCGGUUCUGUGACAUCUGAAUGCAAGAAAGCAAGAGGAGAGGUUGGAGGGAAGAAGGUUGCAGUCGUCGACACUCCAGGGCUGUUUGACACGCGUUUAGACAAUGAACAAGUGUUGAAAAGGAUCACAAUGUGUAUCGGUAUGUCCUCUCCUGGUCCUCAUGCCUUCCUGGUGAUUCUUCAGAUCGGCAGGUUCACAGAGGAAGAGAAACAAACUGUGAACAUUAUUCAAGACACAUUUGGUGAAGAUGCAGCUAAAUACACGAUGGUGCUGUUUACCCAUGGAGACAAGCUGAAGAAACAAACCAUUGAAGAGUUUGUUUCAAAGAGCGACGACCUGCAAGAAAUCAUUCAGAAAUAUCAUGGUCGUUAUCACGUCUUCAACAACGAGGUGGAAAACCCGUCUCAAGUCACUGAGCUUCUGAAGAUGAUAGACGUGAUGGUCGAGGAUAAUGGCGGGUCGUUCUACACCACAGAGAUGUACAUAAAAGCAGAGGAAGAAAUAAAGAAGAAGAAACAACAAAUCCUGCAAGAGUCUGAGGCACAGAAGAACAAAGAGAUUGAGGAACUGAAAGCCAAAUACUCUGCGGAGAUCUUGGCACUGGAAAAAGAAAUAAUGAACUUAAGACGUGAGGCUCAACGCUGA